AUGGAUUUAAUAAAAAUAUAUAAAAAGAAUGAAAUAAUUAAAGACUAUGUAAAUAUUUAUUUUGAUGAUGAAAAGUUAAAAUAUAAUAGCAAAAAAAUAAGUUAUAAAAUUCUUCAUAUUAUCGGAAAUGGGGUAUAUGGUGUAGUAUAUAAGGCUGAUUGUUUAGAUAAUUGUAGUAUAGUUGCAUUAAAACAAACAUAUCAAAAAAAUGCAAGAAUUUUUAAAGAAAUUGAAAUUAUGAAAAAAUUAAAACAUCCUAAUAUUGUUAAAUUAAAGCACGCAUUUUAUACUACUACUUCUAAUGGUGUAUAUGUGCACAUGGUAAUGGAAUAUGGUAAUAUAGAUUUAGCAACAUCAUUAUAUUAUAUCACCAUAAAAGAUACUAAUGAAAUUAUUAAACAUUCAAAUAAAACUACUAAGAAUAAUAGUAUUAAAAAUAACUCUAUUAAUACUAAUAAUAUUAUUAAUACUACCACAACGUCUACUAUUCAUAUUAAUAAUAACAACAUCAAUGAUAAAAAUAAUAUUAAACCUAACAGUGACAUUAAUAAUAACAUCAAUGAUAAUAAUAAUACUAAUGAUAACAUUAGUGAUAAUAAUAAUAAGAAUAAUAAUCAUAUUACUAAUGAUAGUAAUAACAAUAAUAAUAUUGACUACAAAGUCAAUAAUACACAUAAAAAUGAAGAUGAUAAAUUUUAUACCAUUAUUAAUGAAAAGUGUAAUUUUAAUAAUGAUGACACAAAAAUAGAAUUGAAAAAUGCAAAAAACAAAAAUUCGAAUAAUUUUAAUAAUGUAAAUGAAAUUGAUCAUCAAAAUAAAGAAAAAAUUAUUAGCUCAUAUAAUGAUAAUAAUAAAAAUGUGAGCAACUGUAAUAAUUUAAUGAAUACUUUUCAUGCAAAUGUUCUAAAUGAAAAUAUAAAUAAUAUAUGCUCAUGUCAUAAUUUAAGUGAGUAUAUUAAAAAAAAUUUUCUUAAUCAGAAUCAAAUCAAAAUAUAUUUAUAUCAAUUAAUUAGAGCAACAUUAUAUUUACAUAGUCUUUGUAUUACACAUAGAGAUAUAAAACCACAGAAUAUUCUCAUUUUUCUAAACAAUUCAAAUAAUAAUAUUUCUAAUAAAAAUUGUGAUAAUGGAAAAUGCGUUGUUUGUGUGCAAAAUUCAUUAGAACACAAAUAUAUUAUCAAUAACAAAAUCGAAGAAAAAAGUUCAAGAAAUGAUAUAAAAAAUAAAAAAAUUAAUAAAAAUGUUAGCAUUGAUAUAAACAUAAAUAAGGAUAUUUGUGAAAAUAUAAAAAGUGAAGAAAAAAUUAUAAAUGAUAAAGAAAAUCGAAUGGGAAUAAGUAUGAAUAUAGAAAAUGUUAAUAAAAAAAAAAAUGAAAAUGUCGAUUUAAAAAAUGUAUUUGAAGAAGAUUGUGAUAAAUCUAUAAGAAGCGAUUAUACAUAUUCAAACGAAGAAAAUAAUAAAAAUAGAAUAAGAAUUGAUGAUUUAGGAAGAACUAUAAAAUCAAAAAAAAUAAAACUACAGGAAAAUAUUCAAAGGAAUGAUAAAAAAGAUGAUGAUUCUAUUUUUUCUGUAAGUUGUAAAAAGGAAAAUGAAAGAAAAAAAAUUUUUUUAGAAAAAUAUAAAAGCAUUUCUUUUUUUGAUGAUAAAGGAAAUAAUACUGAUAAUAAUAAUAAGACUAUAAAGGAGAAAAAGUACCGUAGCAAUAAUAGCAGAUGCAUACAAUUGAAAAAUAAACCAAACAAUGGUAUUUUAAAAAAUAAAAUAAAUAAUUUGAAUAAAUCUUUUGAAAGAAUAAGAAAAUCAAAUAGUAUGAUAAAUUUAAAUGAAGGAAAAUCUACUAAGUGGACAAAUGUAAAUGAUAAUUAUAUAUAUGCAACAAAUAAAGAUUUAAAAAGAAUUUUAAAACGGAGUAAAACAGAUAUAUCAGUAUCAAGAAUAAAUAACAAUUCAAAUAUUGAAAAAGUGGGAAAUGAUUUUAAUGAUAUAAAUAAUUAUUCUAUUAAUAAUGAAAAUAAUAUAGGAAAAAAAAAAAAAAAAGAAAUAAGAAAUCAAAAUUUAAGUGAUAUAGAUAUAUAUGAGCAAAAUAACUCAAGUAAAACGUAUAUGAGUAGUAUAAUGUACAAAUAUAUAAAGUUGUGUGAUUUUAAUACAUCUAUAAAAUUAAAAGAAAAUUAUAAAUACUUUAGUUAUGUAUGUUCAAGAUAUUAUAGAGCCCCAGAAUUAUUAUUUGGGUCUAAUUAUUAUAGUCAAGAAAUUGAUACAUGGUCAAUUGGAUGUGUUAUGGGAGAGUUAAUAUUAGGGAAACCCUUAUUUUUAGGAGAUUGUGCAUCAGAUCAAUUAGUGGAAAUUAUAAAAAUAUUAGGAACACCUAACGAUGAAGAUUUUUUAUCAUUUAAAAGUGUUUAUAAAAAUGUUAAAUUCCCAAAUAUAAAACCAAUAACUUUAAAAAAAUUAAUAAAUCAUAACUGCUCUAAAGACAGUAUUGAUUUGUUAAGUAAAUUGCUACAAUUUAAUCCCAAGAAGAGAAUCAAAUUAUGUAAUGCACUUCUGCAUAAUUACUUUGAUGAUAUUAGAAAUUUGAAAGUUUUUACAAUUUUUAAUAAACAAAUUAGUUCAGAUAAUAAUUUCUCUCUACCUUAUAAUACUAACUGUUUUAAUUUUACAAAAGAAGAAUUGUUACAUUAUACUGUAGAAGAAAGAAAAAUAUUAGUACCUUUAGAAGUAAGACAAAAAAAUUUUGAUGAAGUAAAGCAAUAUAUAAAUAUGUCAUUAGAAAAUUUUGAUAAACUUUACCCAAAUAAAAUUCAUUUAACAUGUUAG